AUGUCAACUACGAUUGACACCGCAUCGCUGACCGCGGCAGCGUCCUCCGCGGUCGCCAGCGCUACGGGCAGUCGAGCGCCUCCACAAGGCGGCGUGAUUGAGGGCGCUAAUCCUUCGAUCUACAAUCCCAAGGACCCCAUUAUUCUCUUCAUCAUUCAGGCCAGUCUUAUCCUGAUCAUCUGCCAUGUGCUCCACUGGCCCCUCUCCAAAAUCCGCCAGCCCCGCGUCAUCGCCGAAGUCAUCGGCGGCAUCCUGCUCGGCCCCUCCGUGAUGGGGCGCAUUCCGGGCUUCCGACAAGCCAUCUUCCCCGCUGAAUCCCUCCCCAACCUGACCCUUGUCGCCCACCUCGGUCUGGUGCUGUACCUCUUCGUCAUCGGCCUGGAAACGGACGUCCGCUUCCUCGUGAGCAAUUGGCGAGUUGCCACGUCGGUAGCUUGCGGUGGUCUCGCCAUCCCUUUUGCCGUGGGAUGCGGUAUUGCCUGGGGACUGUAUAACCAAUUUUCCGGUGACGAGGGGGUUAUACACAUCCGAUUCCCCGUGUUUAUGCUCUUCGUCGGUGUGGCUAUUGCCAUUACGGCCUUUCCUGUUCUGUGUCGUAUCUUGACCGAGCUUAAGCUUCUUGACACCUCGGUGGGUAUCAUUACCCUCUCGGCCGGCGUUGCCAACGACGUGGUUGGUUGGAUUCUCCUUGCCCUGUGCGUCACCCUCGUCAACGCCGGCCAGGGUCUUACCGCCCUGUGGAUCCUCCUCGCCUGCGCAGGUUACAUGUGCUUCCUUCUAUGGGGUGUCAAGCCAGCUCUCCUCUGGAUCCUCCGCCGCUCUGGAAGCCUGGAAAACGGUCCUUCCCAGCUAAUAAUUGCCUUGAUUUUGCUCAUCGCUCUGGCGUCCGCCUUCUUCACCGGCAUCAUCGGCGUGCACACCAUUUUCGGAGGCUUCAUGGUCGGUCUUAUCAUACCCCGCGACAACCGCUUCAACAUUCUCGUCAUCGAAAAGCUCGAGGAUCUGAUCGGUGCUCUGUUCCUGCCCUUGUACUUUACGCUGUCCGGACUCAACACCAACUUGGGUCUGCUCGACAGCGGCAUCGCCUGGGCUUACGUCGUCGCCGUCACCGUGCUCGCCUUUUUCUCGAAGUUUGUCAGCGCUUCCGUCGCGGCUCGUCUAAAUGGUUUGGUUUGGAGGGAGUCCUUUACCAUUGGUGUGCUCAUGAGUUGUAAGGGUCUCGUCGAGUUGAUUGUGCUCAAUAUUGGUCUUCAAGCCAAGAUUCUCAGCACGAGGACGUUUACCAUCUUCGUCGUCAUGGCUUUAAUAACGACGUUCCUUUCGACACCGCUAGCCUCAUAUCUCUACCCGCCAUCGUAUCAGAAGAAACUCGACGCGUGGAGAAGAGGAGAAAUCGACUGGGACUCCGGCGAGCCCCUGAGGCCCUCAGACUCCAGCGGCGCAGCCUCCACUGAAGGAGUCAAGCGGGUCACCAACACUCGACUCAACCGACUCGUCGUCUACCUCAGGCUAGACAACCUUCCUGCCGUGCUCGGCCUCGUGUCCCUAUUCGGCAAUGCUUCCGUAACCGACUCCGUGGUCCACCAUUCUAAGCAAAAAGCCGGGACCACGAACGACGAGGACGGAGAGGGAGACCUUUCCGAGGCCCCUAAGAGGCCCGUCCGAGCCCACGGCAUGCGCCUCGUCCACCUAACAGAUCGUGACUCCGCCUUCAUGACCGUCGCCCAAGUCGACGAAUACAGCCAACACGACCCCGUCGUCAACACCUUCUGCACCGUCGGCCAACUGAACCACCUCUCCGUCUCCGGCGAAGUCGCCAUCAUGCCCGAGACCCGCUUCGCCGAGGCCCUCGUAGGAAAGUCCUCCGCUUGUUCCUCGGAUCUGCUCAUCGUGCCCUGGAGCGAGACGGGUGGUAUAGGCGACUCCCAGAUCUUGGCUUCGACGACGCUGAGGGAUAAGUUGGCGCCCCAAUACACCAGCUUCGUCAAGUCCGUCAUCGAGCUCGCGGAGCAAAACGUCGCCGUUUUCUUCUCCAAGAGCGACGAGGUGGCUGCGACAGCAGAAGCAGGCCCGUCGAACGAACGGAUGCGCCUGACGAGAGCUUACUCCUUCAGUUCCGCCCAACACAAACUACCCCCUUUGCCCCCGGCCCACAGAUCAUCCCACCUCUUCUUCGCCUACAUCGGCGGCGCGGACGACCGCCUCGCCCUCAGCCUCGUCCUCCAGCUCUGCGAAAGACCCGAAGUCACCGCCACCAUCGUGCGCAUCUCCGUGCGCGCAGACGGUAUCGGUCCCGCGCAGGACGAUGAGCAUUUCAACGCCGUCAUGGCACAGAUCCCUGAGGAUGCCGAGCCUCGGAUCAAGGCUCAGACCAUUGCUGGGGCAAGCUCCAUUGAGGAUGUUUUGGGUCUUGCGACGGCUGAUGUGCGGGAGUCGAGUAGUGAGCCUAGUCGGCGUGACAUUGUCGUUGUGGGACGGCACGCCAGCAUGAAGCUUAACCUUGGGAAGUUGUCACCUAUUAGCAUCGAGAGCCGGGAGUGUUUGGGGGUCUUGGCGAGUCAUGUUUUGGAUUGUGGGUUGCAGGCUGAUUUGUUGGUCGUUCAAGCCGCCAAGGAAAGUUCUGGGUGA